AUGCCACCAGAAUUGCCUUAUUCUCGAUCUCCUGCAACUCCCUUAGUUCAUUUCUCUUCCACUCCGGUCUCACCCGACGCCAAAUUAAAGCUAUCUUUUGGAUACAAAUAUUGUUUGGGAAUCAAGAAGAUGAACUUUACCAAGAAAAAAAUCAUACCUUACCUUGUUUUCAUCUUAUCAGCCAUUUCAAUCCUCAGACUUCUUAGAAUCCUAGUAACCACUUAUUCUUCAUCACAUCCAUUGCCUGCUCUGCCUCCCGUUGAGCAAACAUGUUCUUCUCCUUCUCCCAUUUGUUCCAAACCUCCAUUACACUCAUCAGAGUCCUCAACACAUCGAUUCAAGCCCAAUGCCACCAGCCUCACAGAGAAAGAAUUCAAACUUCUUUCAAAUCUCAUUACUCAAAGAGUUCCUUGCAACCUUCUUAUUUUUGGGCUUGAAUCUCAGUACCUAAUUCUCUCAUCAAUCAAUGCAGGAGGCACAACCAUAUUUCUCGAAGAUGAUCCCGAGAAGCUAAACACAAUUAAGUCCAACACCAACACUUCCAGAAUCUACAGAGUUGAGCACCAAAUACCUGCAAAAGAAGCCUACAAGCUGCUAAGGCAUGGAAGGAAAAACCCUGCUUGUUUACCCACCUCAUUAAAGCUUCAAGAAUCAAAAUGUAGGCUUGCACUGAAGAAUCUACCUCAGCAGGUUUACGACCUCGAUUGGGAUGUGGUGGUGGUGGAUGGACCAAGAGGAAAUGCACCAGAAGCACCAGGAAGAAUGGCAGCAAUCUAUACUGCUGGUGUGAUAGCAAGGAAAGGGAAUGUGACAGAUGUAGUGGUGCACGAUGUCGAUCGGAUGAUUGAGAAAUGGUUUUCAUGGGAAUUUCUCUGUGAUGAGAAUUUGGUUUCUUCCAAAGGUAGAUUGUGGAAUUUCAGAAUCAAAGGUGGAUCAUCAAAUUCAACAAGAUUUUGUCCUGCAAAAGCAUAUAUAAUAGAGUAACAAAGAGAAGAAACAAUUGACUGUGGAGCUUUUUGAUCCACUUCUGCAGAUAUAAUUUAGUAAAGAACAGAUGCACUUAAUAGCGAAUGCAAAUCAGAGGCUGUUACGAUCAAUAUGUGCAAGUUUUUGGGUGUGAAAUCGAAUAUAUCAGGUACAGGAAUGCGAGUAUAUAUAUAGUAUGAAUGACAUAAGAAUGUAAAUUGUUCGUUAUUGGAUAUUAUAUAUGGUGUAUAUAUUUGUGUUGUGAUUUCAGAACCGAUGAGACCUAAACUGGGAGUUUUUUUAAGCUUUUGUUUGGACAAAGAAAGGAAUUGAAAGUGCUGUGGAUUUGACAUACAACAACUAUAUGAAUAGAACAAAAUUGAAAAAACAAAAAGAAAAAAGAACCCAUCUUAGAA